AGUUCAAGGAGCAGGCGGAACUGGUUGUAAAAGGCUCAUGUUUUUGCGCCUAGUCUGAGAAAGGUAACCUCGAAUUGCUAACCUGAACUCAGAAUCCGCCUCCAUCACUGAAUGCUGUUGGACAUCUAAACACAGUCUCUGGUCUUAUCUGUGCUGAUAUUUGUCUGCUGUUUGCUUCAUAACUGGACAACAUGGAGCAGAACAACAGCUUGCCACCAUUCCCACAAAGCCUUGCAUCACCUCAGGGGGCCAUGACACCUGGUCUCCCCAUCUUCAGCCCUAUGAUGCCAUAUGGUACAGGGCUUACACCACAACCAGUACAGAACACAAACAGCUUAUCACUCUUAGAGGAGCAACAAAGGCAACAACAGCAGCAGCAACAACAACAAGCAGCUUCUCAACAACAGGGUGGAAUAGUUGGAACAUCAGGCCAAACUCCUCAGCUUUAUCACUCACAAGCAGUUUCUACCACCACAGCACUGCCAGGAAACACCCCUCUCUAUACAACCCCUCUAACCCCCAUGACCCCCAUCACUCCCGCCACACCUGCUUCAGAAAGCUCUGGCAUCGUCCCUCAACUACAAAAUAUUGUAUCAACUGUGAACUUGGGAUGCAAACUUGACUUGAAGACAAUAGCACUACGAGCCAGGAAUGCUGAGUACAAUCCUAAGCGUUUUGCUGCCGUCAUCAUGAGAAUACGAGAACCAAGAACAACUGCUCUGAUUUUCAGUUCAGGCAAGAUGGUCUGCACGGGAGCUAAGAGCGAGGAGCAGUCUCGUCUGGCUGCCAGGAAAUACGCAAGAGUAGUGCAGAAACUCGGUUUUCCUGCCAAAUUUCUAGACUUUAAAAUUCAGAACAUGGUUGGAAGUUGUGAUGUCAAGUUCCCAAUCCGACUAGAGGGCCUGGUUCUCACCCAUCAGCAGUUCAGCAGUUAUGAGCCAGAGUUAUUCCCAGGUUUAAUCUACAGAAUGAUUAAGCCCAGAAUUGUGCUUUUAAUAUUUGUUUCAGGCAAAGUUGUACUCACAGGUGCAAAGGUGAGGGGUGAAAUCUAUGAAGCAUUUGAAAAUAUAUAUCCAAUCUUAAAAGGAUUCAGGAAAACGACAUAAUCAUUUGGAUCUGCACCUUCCUUAUUGUACUUGCUUUGAGGGAACUGAGUUUACUAGGACAUCUGUUCUUAGUUUUGUUUAUUAAUGUGUAAAUAAUGUGUUUUAUUCAUGCAUAGUGACCUUUUUAUCUUUUUUUUUUUUUUUUUUUUUAAUCCAGCUGGUUUGUGGCUGUCCCAGUCCAGUUUUACCAGUCUUUUAAUGGUUUUACCAUCUGUUUUUUUUUUUUUUUUAAUUAUUUUAAACAUUAUUCACAUUCCUUCUUUGAGCAGGCAUGUUCUUCAGUUUCAAUUUCUGACAAGGAUACACGAACAGUGUUGGAAAUAUAUUUAUCAGAAUUUAAGGUGUUGAAAAUAUUAUGCCGUAUUAUUAUUUGCCCCCAUGGAAGCGCUGUGUGGUAAGACGCACAGAUUGGUUGAAAAUUUAUUGAAGUGUCUGACCUGCCAGGUCAGGCCUAUUUUGCUAAAGCAGCUGUGCAGUAUGUUAAGAACUGCUUUUGUAAUUUCAUUGUAAUUCACUGAAAUGUUGCAAGUCUUCCACCUAACCCUUAUAAUGAAUAUAAUUCACAUCCAUAUUAGUACUGGCUUUCCAAAUACAUGGUGUAUAUUGAUAACCAAUAGUUUUGCUAUACUGUUAGCCAAGUGCAUGUUACUUCUGCACAUGUCACUGUAGCACAUUGUCUGUCUGUUCAUGAAGGGUUUGGAAUAGCUGGACUAUGGUUUGAUAUAUAUUCAUUAUAUGGGUUAUAUUCAGCCUUUUGUCAAGCACUGUUACUGUAAGGGUUUUUUUUUUUUGCAUCAGACUUGAAACAAGCGAAUAAAUAUUUCCUGUGCAUUUAAUGUCCAUUUUGUAUACUGUUCGUUCAGUUGCCACAUCCCACAUUAAAUAAAACAUUUCUCUGCUGAAUACUUUUAA